AUGCCCACGGAAAGUUAUUCGAAUCCGCUAGCACCGUUGGACCACAAGGCCCCUGACGAUGGAGCAGAAAUAGCUCUUGAAGACAAACGCCGGCACGGAGAAAAGAAGAAGAAAGCACAUUUUUAUGUAAAGCAUGAAAACGAAGACGAACUUCUGGAAAUUUUGAAAAAAUAUCGUGAUAGGGCCAGAGAACGUCGUGAUGGCGAACUAAAAGAAUACCAGCAUGAGCUGGAACUCAUAACUGCUACCGGUGGAUAUCGUGCUGUCGCUCCUGACAUCAAAGCAUGUCUGGAUGCGGCAGAACGUAGGAAGCAGAUGAUCGAAGAGUCAAAGUAUUUGGGAGGCGAUAUUGAACAUACACAUUUGGUGAAGGGUUUGGACUAUGCGCUUCUGCAGAAGGUGAGAAGUGAAAUAUCGGCAAAGCAAAUUGAGGAAGUCGAAGUGGAGAAAGUUUACCAAGCGACUAAAAGCGAACGAGAAGAAGUUGAAUCUCAGGUUAAAAGCCCACUUGCCAAGAACAUUUACGCGCUGCUAUUCAAAGCCGAAGUUCCAAAGGUCAAUGAUAUGUUCGCCCCCAGAAGAAUGGCCUACGUUGUAGAGCUAGACGAUAAUAGUGUGGACACGGAUAUCCCGACGACGCUUAUCCGCUCCAAACAGGAAUGUCCAGUUGACGAAGCCAGUGCAAACCUCAGCAUUAAUGACAUGGUUAUUCAGAAACUCACUCAGGUUCUGGCUUACCUUAGAACGGACAGCAAGCGAAAGAAAAAGGGGAAAGAUAAAAUUGAAGACGACAGUCACCUCACUAGCAAGUCGCCUGCCAUUUCUACACCUCAUAAGUAAGA